AUUUAUAUCCAAAUAUGUUGUGAAUUGUGAUCAACGUAAACUCAGAAAUACCAGUGUCUUUGCAUAAGCAUUUAUUGGGUGGAGCCAUUAAAGCUUUUAAGUUUCUCGUGAAUUUUAGCGUAGUUAUAUAGAAUCUCCAAAACGGUUACUUCUUUCUUGAAUUUUGGGUUUUUGUUUGUUCUCUUUUUGCGUCCGAGUCACGAUGAGUCAACUCGGAGAUUUGCUCAGAGAAUCGGCGGAUGGAACCGAGAGUGGGAGGACGAUGAUGUUGAGUUUGCUCGAAGAAGAUCGAAUCGACGGUGGAGAUCGAACGAUGAGCAAGUGGGGAACGUUGAAACGACGGCUGAGAUUUGAUUGGGUCAGCUGUUGCGGUGGGCCCACUUUGCGUCUCAGAGAAUCGGAGACGCCAAUCGCCGAGGAAGAUGACGAAGACGACGAACAUUACUCGGGUCAAAACCCGGUCGUUGACUUGUCGGAUUCGGGUCCGGGUUUGGUUGGGGAACCGGAUUGUUUGACACGUGGCACAAGGAACCUCGCGGAGGCUCUUGCUGAGGAGAGACUAGCGCGUGGUGAACACGUGAGGGAGACUCAAGUAGCUAAGGUACCGUUGAUGAAAUUGCUGGCGGAAACGGACGGUUGCGAUGGGACGACGUGGUUGGGAUGUGAUCCAGUGUGUUGCGUGUGUAUGGGAAGGGAGAAAGGUGCGGCUUUUAUCCCCUGUGGACAUACGUAUUGUAGAGUGUGUUCAAGAGAGAUCUGGAUGAACCGUGGGACGUGUCCUCUUUGUAACCGUUCGAUCUUUGACGUCCUCGAUCUUUACUGAGAAAAAAAAUUUCAUGGAUUGUUAUGAUCGUUGGAUUGAUCUGAUCGACGGUGAUGGUUUGUUUAAUUUCUAUGUGCAGGUUUUUAUUAUAGUAGUUACUACUAAAGAAGGAUAUGAUUAAUUAUUGGUGAUGAAUCUUGUGGUUACAAAGAUAAAUG